GUUUGGUUCGAGCUCAAAAUGUCUCAAGCUGAAAAACUCAAGCAGGGACAGUUUACAAACCCAGAGACUCCUGGAUAUGUGGGGUUCGCCAAUUUGCCAAACCAGGUGCACCGGAAAUCAGUGAAAAAGGGCUUUGAGUUCACUCUCAUGGUGGUGGGUGAGUCGGGUUUGGGGAAGUCCACGCUUAUCAACAGCUUGUUCCUCACUGAUCUCUACCCAGAGAGGGUCAUUCCUGGUGCUGCAGAGAAAAUUGAGCGCACUGUGCAGAUCGAGGCUUCAACGGUGGAGAUCGAGGAGCGCGGAGUGAAGCUGCGUCUCACUGUGGUCGACACGCCUGGAUACGGUGAUGCCAUCAACAGCCAGGACUGUUUUAACACCAUUAUCUCAUACAUCGAUGACCAGUUUGAGCGGUACUUGCAUGACGAGAGCGGUCUCAACCGCAGGCACAUUGUGGACAACCGUGUGCACUGCUGCUUCUACUUCAUUUCCCCUCUGGGUCACGGACUGAAGCCUCUAGAUGUCCAAUUCAUGAAGGCCAUUCACAACAAAGUGAAUGUUGUUCCUGUGAUUGCUAAAGCAGAUACACUGACGCUGAGGGAGAGGGAGAGACUCAAGCGCAGAAUUCUGGAUGAAAUCGAUGAACACGGCAUUAAGAUCUAUCACCUCCCCGAUGCUGAGUCCGAUGAGGAUGAAGAUUUCAAAGAGCAGACCAGGAUUCUCAAGGCCAGCAUACCGUUUGCCGUGGUGGGAUCCAACCAGCAGAUUGAGGCUAAAGGGAAGAAAGUGAGAGGACGUUUGUAUCCAUGGGGUGUGGUGGAGGUGGAAAACCCAGAACACAAUGACUUCCUUAAACUUCGCACUAUGCUGAUCACUCACAUGCAGGACCUGCAGGAAGUCACUCAGGACCUUCACUAUGAGAACUUCCGCUCGGAGCGCCUCAAACGGGGCGGCAGGUUGUCCUCCCAUGGUUACAUUCUACCUCUGUCGCCUGCGAAGGGUCCGGAGCCAGAGGAAAUGGACAAGGAUAUAAUCUUGCAGGAGAAGGAGGCUGAGCUGAGGCGGAUGCAGGAGAUGAUCGCUAAGAUGCAGGCGCAGAUGCAGAAGCAGGGAGAUGAAUGAGAUGGCCCACACCUCUGAGAAACAUGACGCUGACUUGUCAUUCGAGCUUGACCCAGUCAGAUGUGGAAUGAGAAGAGGAAGUGUUGAUAAAUGUGGACUGAUCCUCAGCUCAUCUUGCUUGCCAUUUUCUUAGUUUCUUUCAAUCUUGUAGGGUUUUUUCCCAGUUUUUUUAAACAGUAUUAAGUUUUUAUUAUUAUUAUUAUUCAAAUACUGUUGCUAAUAUUCAUUCAUUUUUCCCUGUUCCAGUAACCAAAAAUGAAGAACAAUGGUCAGUAAUUAAACAAAGUGUUUUUUUCUGUUACAAGAGCCAAAUUCUACUGUAGAGCAGCUUUAGUAUUAGUGUAGCUCCAGAACACUCUGUCCCGUCUAGCUAAACAAACACUGUGAAAAUACAAGCAGCUGUUGAAUUUGUCACAGUAGCAGUUGUUGCACCAUGUUUUUGGAGAAAUCAUUUUAUACUAUUUGCAAGUAUUGCCAGAGAGAUUGCUGUUCAGGAGGGUUUUUUUUAGAUACUUUCCUCUUCCCUGCAUGAAGUCUUGAAAUAUAUUUGGUGUUCAGUUGAAUGGUCCCCUAACGGAUGCAAAACAUUAUACUGUGACCUAUGAUUCAUUUCCUAUGCCGUCUAAUGAAGGAGAAUAGGCAUUUCUCUGAUGUUAAUGCUCAUUUUGCUUAUUUUUAUUUGUACCCGAGUGGAUACUAUCAGACAUUGUUUUGGUAUGAGUGCAAUGUAAAAUUUCCUUAGUGGAGUGACACAUUGAAAUAUGCUGUUUGUGACCUUGAUGCAUGUUAAGAUUUUACCUUUUGGGAUCGAUGCUUAAAACUUUUAUUUUAUCAUAUUCCUGUGGUUAAAGCAAAUUUCCAUAUAAAUAAUUUCUGAAACAAAUGUUACAAUGAAAUAAUAUCUGAAAUGAGGGUUUAUAUCUGUUACACAAAAGCAAACUUUUAAACCUUUACUUUCCAUAUUUGGUCAUGAAAACCAGUUGUCCACAUUCCAGUUUUAAAGUUUCACUUGAAAACUUUCUAUUAAACCAUUAUUGUCUAUCAUCUUGUAAUAAAAUUUUGUAUUAAAACA